AUGAAAUCAAUGAUGAAAAUGUAUUUUCAUUUUCGAACAGAAGAAUAUCUGCUUUUCAAAACUUGGUUGCCAGAAACCACAACAGGUUACUAUUUUGUUGGUUCAUGUAUUGCCAUACUUUGUAUCUCUUUUAUAAUCGAAACUAUUCAACAUUCACGGUCAAUCAUGCGUUUCCGACGUCUCACACGCGUCAUACUUCUCUUUUUCCCUCUAUCUUUCUUUUUUAGGUACAAUUGUGGUUAUAAAGCACACCGAGUUCAAACUCUUCUAUAUUUCUUCCAAACUUUUGGCUCGUAUUCUUUGAUGCUGCUGAUAAUGACCUAUAAUAUUCCCGUGAUCAUAUGCGUUAUUGUUGGACGAACAGUGGCAUUUUUUUUGCUGGCCCCACUAACAGUAAUGUUUGAUUCAGCAUACACUGAAAGCUGUUGUGGAUAA